CACGUAAAUCAUCGUAUUCAAAUGAUGGAAGGAAAACACGUUGUUGUUAUUGGUGGUGGGUCGUACAGAAUGAGAAACUUCUGGCUGGAUGCCAAAAAAUAUAGUAUAAAGGUUAUACUUGUGGAAUCUGAUCCAAAUCAUAUUGCACGAGAUCUUGUGCAUUGUUUUAUAGAGUAUGAUUUCUCUGAUCAUACGAGGGACCGUCUGAGUUACAAAUCAGCGAUUAUAGCAAACUCGAAAUCACAAACACAGAAUGUGCUGAGCAUGAACAUAAAUGAAAAUGAUGCGUCAAAUACUGAUGUAUUUUCUUCACUGGCAGUUCAUCUAAGAAGUGAUUCGGACUGUGAAAUAAUACCGGAAAGUUUUAAGUUUCCGGCGAUACUGAAACUAGAUAAUUGUUCAGGAGGUGUCGGAGCGUGCAUGGUUAAAAGCAAAGAAGAACUGAAGAAACAAUUUCAACAAAUUACAAGUUCUCUAAGCACAGAUUCGGACUUUCCCGGGAUAGGACUCAGUCGCGGCAAUUCAAUGACAGCAUCUGAAUUUCACUCUGGUACAGAACAUAAUGUUGAUGUCAUUUUGUAUGACAAAACUCUUGUAUGGGCAUCUAUAACUGAUAGCGGGUUAGUGAGACAGCCAUAUUAUAUAGGUACUGCUAAACGUCUACCUUCAUUUCUACCAGACGACAGCUGCAAACAGCUGAUAGACGCUGCUUUCAAAUGUUGCUUAGGGAUAGGUCUAACGGAUGGAACGUUCAACGUUGAGUUAAUUAUGACAACAAACGGACCGAAACUGAUAGAAAUCAAUCCAAGAAUGUGUGGAUUCGUCUUCAGGGAUUGGAUAAUGAAAUUGUACGGAAUUGAUAUCAUGUUAUAUACAAUGAUGAUAUCUUGUGGAAUAAAACCUGAAAUACCAAACAUUUCAACGGACACAAUACAGAUGGGCGUAAUGGUUAUACCAUCUUUACAUGGAAAACUUUUGACAGAUGAGCAUUACAAAAAUAAAUUGAGUGAAAUGAUUGAUCGUGGCGAAGUCUUUUUUCUACAGUUUAUUGAAAGUUUAGAGCAUCUGUCUACUUACGAGGAGCCGUUUGGGAAUGUUUCUGUGUCUGGUAUAAAUCCGAGGGAAGUAAAGAGAAAGUUGCUGGAUAUAUGUAGAGCGCUCGACAUUGACCAAAACGAUUACCAGGUUGACACUUUUAUAAGAAACUUCUGAGUGUCAAAAUGUAUUAUGAACAUGUUUGUCUUGAUUUUUUUCAAUGGAGAUA